AUGACUCAAUUCAAGAACUACGACUCUAAGACUCCCACCUACUCUGUUUCUAUCGAGUCUUCCGAGCUGGGUAAGCCCGAGAAGAACGAGCACGAGAACAUCAGUGCCAAGGCACCAUGCCCAACGCACGGCCCAAGCCAGUCUGAACGAUUCGAUCGCGAAUUGCAAAGGCCACAAGCACAGGAGAUGAUUCGUGCAUUGACAAAGGCGUUGAAUGAUAUCAAUGACCAGGACAAGUGCACCAAGUGUGCGGUGGAGAAUGCCUCAACUCUUCUCACCACUCAUGUCCGGGACAUCAGAGCGCUGAAGCAGAAUGGCGAGUGGACCAAGGAAGAACGAAAGGCUCUUAAGGCAGAGGUCAAAGGCAUUUUCAAGCCUGUGAAGAAGAGCGUGAAGGCCUUGUGGAAGGAUGGACGAUAG